AUGGCUGACGCAGAUGAGAAGGCCAAGGCGGAGCGGCUGGCCGCAGCGAAGAAGCGGGCGAGUAACCCCUGUCCCCACCUCCCCACCCAAUAUCCGAGUCGGCGGCCGACGGCCAAAAAGGCCGGCGGCUCGUCAAAGAAGGCAACCGAGGAGGAAGCAGCCCCCAAGGAGAAGAGCGAGCCGCCGCCCGCAGAGGCCGCCGCCGAUGACGACGGCGGCGUCGUCAAGGAGGACGACGACGAGGCGGAGGAGGCGGCGGCGCAACCGUCGGCCGCUGAGCAGUCCAAGGCGCGCUCCCUCUCGUUCCGCAAGCAAUCCCUCUCGGCCGGCACCGUGCCCCCUCCCCUCCCCAGCCCCGGCCUGGGCGAGUCGGCACCCGAGAUCUACCGCAAAUACGUCACGCGCAUAGAGGAGCUCGAGAAGGAAAACAAGCGCCUGACCAAGGAGUCGGCCGACGCCGAGAAGCGCUGGCAAAAGGCCGAGGACGAGCUCGCCGACCUGCGCGACGGCGAGGGCGACGAUGCCGCCGCUGCCGGCAAGGGCGCGGGAGGGUCCGACGGCGAGGUCGAGAAACUCAAAGCCGAGAUUGCCUCCCUACAAAGGCAAAACGCCCAGCUCCAGGCUCGACGGCACGGGCACUCGCCCUCCAUCUCGGCUGGCACACCGCCGCAGGAGCUGACGGAACAGCUAGCGGCGCGCACGGCCACGAUCGAGACGAUGGAGCUCGAGAUGUCGCGGCUGCGGGCGCAGGUGGAGCGGCUGUCGUCAUCAGCCCCGGUGUCGGAGCAGGUGACAGCGCUGGAGGAGCGUGCGGCGCGAGCGGAGCGGGCGGCGGGACAGGCGCAGCGCGAGCUCGCGGACCUGAAGCGCAACCUAGAGCGGGCGUCGGAGAAGGCGGUGCGCGAGGGCAGCGAGCGGGCCAGCGCCGAGACCAAGGUGCGCUCACUCGAGCGCGAGGCGGCAGAGGCGGCCGAGCAGCGCGAUCGCGAGGCCAAGCGAGCCGAGGCGCUGGAGAAAAAGGCGACGACGCUGACGACGCUGCACAAGGAGCAGGAUGCACGGACUCAGGCGCUGCGGCGCGAGAAAGAGAAGGCCGAAAAAGACGCCACGACACUCCGGGAGCGGCUCGAGACGGCCGAGGCUGAGCUGCUCAAGCUCCGCAAGCGUGAGGCCAGGGAUUCGGGCGGCACCGACGACGACGCCGUCGACGAGCUCGAGGCCGAGGGGCGCGCGCCGCUCGAGGCCAAGAUCCGGCAGCUCGAGGCCGAGAACACGGAACUCAAGCGCGGCAUCUGGCAGGAGCGCCGCAGGGAGAUGCAGGUCGGACCCGACGGCGAGACCCUCUUCACCGAGGUGGAGCUGGGCAGCGCCGGGCCCCUCUCGCCCUCCCAGAGGCGGGGCCCGGGCGGUGGCAUCGGCGACUUCUUCGCCAGUGGCAUCAACGCGCUCACGGGCGCGGGCGGCGGCCACGUCCCGCACGCCGGGCCUGAGGAUGACAGCCUGCUCGAUGACGACGACGACUUUGAGUUUGACGAGGCGGCCUUCCGGCGGGCGCAGGAGGAGGACGCCAAGAAGCACCUCGAGCGCAUCAGGGAGACCAAGCGGGGGCUCAAGAACUGGGAGGGCUGGAGGCUCGACCUGGUCGACGACCGCAACGGGAGCGGCGGCGGGGAGGGGUACGGAGAGAUCUUCGAGGUCUGA